AUGAAAUAUCACUAAUAAAUAAUGAAUUAAACUUGUCGAACGAAACAAAUUCGGAUAGUUCGUGUGUCUCUCUGUUCUGUCCAUAAACGCCCAGAAGCGAUAAAUUUUCACAAGUCGAAAAGAGCGCAGAAUUGAAUUGAAGCCAAUGGAAAGAUAGAGAAAGUCCAGUGGCAACAAGCACAGACAGUCUAUAUAGAAGGUGGUUGAGUUCAUGUAAUGUGCUCUGAGUUUCGCCGGCUCUGUUUGUAACACGCCGUCUUCUAAGUAACCGGUUCGAAAGUGAAACAGAAUAUCCGCCAGGUAGAGAAAGUCCGAGAAGUAAUCCAAACAGAACCACACUAUGAUCAUUUCUUGAAACGCAAAUCUGUAAACGAUGACCCAUAGGUUGUAUAAGAACGCCAGUGACACAACCAUGGACCAGUAAUAGCACAGGCGGCCGGCCGGGUCGAACACAAAUGA